CGCCGUCUGCUCUGUUUGUUCGAUACCGACCACGUAAACAAGUGGUGGGUUUCCAUUUGUGAGUUCUGAGCCAUUAGGAAUUUUUUAACAGUUGAUUUGAGCUUGUUGGAGGUGAUUAUUUAAAUAACCAUGAAGAGAAGAAUGCAGAAAUAGGAUUGUAGAUGAUAAAAAUGAUAAUGGCAAGAAGUAGAAUGCGGAGGAUAGGCAUGGCAUGGCAGAAGGGAUUAAUAAAGAAGAUGCGAUUACAUUCAUAUAGCAGCAAAGUUAUAAUGUCUCCACCACUUGUCUCUCUGGACCUCCCCGACGUCUGGACUCAUAACUCCAGCCAUGAUCAUUCUCUCCCACCACCUGUUUGCUCUUAUCAACGUUCUGCUACUGUAAUUGAUGGAAAGUCAAUUGCAGAGGGAAUCAGGUCAAGUAUUGCUGGUGAAGUGAAGAGAAUGAAGGAUUCUAUUGGAAAGGUUCCUGGCUUGGCUGUGAUUUUGGUGGGCCAAAGAAGGGACUCUCAGACUUAUGUCCACAACAAGAUAAAAGCUUGCGAAGAAGCUGGAAUCAAGUCUGUUGUUUCUCUAUUUCCCGAUGACUGUACAGAAGAUGAGGUUCUUGAUGCUCUAUCGAAUUUCAAUGAGGACAUAUCAAUUCAUGGUAUUCUUGUACAGCUUCCUCUACCACAACAUUUAGAUGAGGGAAAGAUUUUGGAUGCAGUGUGUUUGGAAAAAGAUGUUGAUGGCAUCCAUCCAGUAAAUAUGGGAAAUCUGGCCAUGAGAGGAAGGGAACCACUGUCUAUUUCCUGUACUGCAAAAGGUUGCAUUGAGUUGCUGAUCAGAUCUGGUGUGAAGAUAAUGGGCAAGAAUGCUGUGGUGAUCGGAAGAAGCAACAUCGUAGGGUUACCCACAUCUUUACUGUUGCAGCGGCACCAUGCGACUGUCAGUAUCAUACAUGCCUUCACAGAAAACCCAGAGAGAAUCACCAACAAAGCUGAUAUUGUAGUUACAGCUGCUGGAGUGCCGAAUCUAGUUCGUGGGAGUUGGCUAAAGCCUGGUGCAGUUGUACUUGAUGUUGGGACAUGCCCAGUUGAAGAUGCAAGCUGCGAAUUUGGUUAUCGUCUAGUAGGAGAUGUUUGCUAUGAAGAAGCAGUUGGGUUAGUGUCAGCAAUUACUCCGGUGCCCGGCGGAGUUGGACCCAUGACAAUUGCUAUGCUUCUCUCCAACACUCUCGACACCGCCAGACGAGCAUAUGAUUUUACUUGACUGCCAAUGCCAGUAAAACUGCCUUGUUGUAAGAUAGUCUCAACAUUUUCACGUUUUCUCUGCCCUAAUUAUAGUAAUGAACAUAGUUAAAGAAGACAACCAAACGACCUUGACCCUGCAGAAAAUCAUACCCAGUCACUAUAAAAUUUGAAGCAAACAUGUAGUUCCAGUUUGGUUCAUAUUACUGUCGCAGAGCUCCACCAUUGUAAUACAGUCUAAAGUUUGUAAGAUUAAAUUGUGAACCAAUCUUUAUUAAUUCUAGUAAUGGGUAUGAUUAACUCUGAUUAUCUCUGUUUUAAAAACCGGACUGG